AUGCAUAAUGGAGAUCAUCCAUAUCAAUGUCGUCAAUGUGAUAAGUCAUUUACACGGCAAGAUUCCUUGAACACUCACGAAAGAAUACAUAGUGGAGAACGUCCAUAUCAAUGUCGACAGUGCGAAAAGACAUUUACACAGCAAGGUCACUUGAAGACGCACGAAAGAAUACAUAGUGGAGAUCGUCCAUAUCAAUGCCGACAGUGUGAUAAGACAUUUACACGGCGAUAUCGCUUGAAGACGCACGAAAGAAUACAUAGUGGCGAACGUCCAUAUCAAUGUCGUCAGUGUGAUAAGACAUUUACAUACCAAGGUUCCUUGAAGAGGCACGAAAGGAAACACAGUGAUGAUCGUCCAUAUCAAUGUCACUCAUCAUUGUGA